AUGGUGGAUGAGGUUACCACCAUGAAGGAUGACGUCAUCAACGCCAAUACGCUGGCUUGGCUGGUCUGCUCGGGCGUCUCCAUCCUGGCAAACACUUGGAGCAUCCUUAGCGUCAGUGCCAAGCAGAAAAAGUGGAAGCCGCUGGAGUUCCUCAUCUGCACGCUGGCGGGCACGCACAUCCUCAACAUGGCCAUCCCCAUCACCAUGUACUGCGUCAUAACACUGCGCCGACAGCACUCCAACUACGAGUGGAACGAGGGUCUCUGCAAGGUGUUUGUCUCCACCUUCUACACCCUCACGCUGGUCACUUGCUUCUCCGUCACCUCGCUCUCUUAUCACCGCAUGUGGAUGGUACGCUGGCCUGUAAACUACAGGUUGAGUAACACCAAGAAGCAGGCAGUGCACACAGUGAUGGGCAUCUGGAUGGUCUCCUUCAUCCUGUCAACUCUUCCAGCCGUUGGCUGGCACGACACCAUUGACCGCUUCUACACCUCUGACUGCCGAUUCAUUGUGACGGAGAUCGGUCUGGGCUUCGGCGUGUGCUUUCUGCUGCUGAUCGGCGGAAGUGUGGCCAUGGGUGUGAUCUGCAUCGGCAUCGCUCUCUUCCAGACCUUCACCAUCCAGGCGGGCCACAAUGCUGACAAGAACAAGUUCAACGUCCCCACCAUAGUGGUGGAGGACGCCCAGGGGAAGCGCAGAUCAUCCAUUGAUGGAUCUGAGCCUCUGAAGACAUCCCUGCAGAUCACCUACCUGAUCAGUGGAAUAGUCUUUAUCUAUGACUUCCUGACUGGCUUCCCCAUACUGGUGGUGAGCUUUGCCAGUCUGAAAUUUGAACGUUCCUACAACUGGAUGGUGUUGUGUGUGCUGUGGUGCUCCAUUGCCCAGUCCAUCCUGUUGCCCAUGUUCAUCUGGGCUUGUGACCGCUAUCGGGCCGACAUCCGCAUGGUGUGGGAGAAGUGCGUCGCCAUCAUGUCCAACGACGACGUGGAUGAGGAAAACAGCCAAGAUGGAGGAAUUCAUGCCGACUUAAUAUAUGACAGACCAUAUGACUAUAGCUCGGCGCCUGAAAUCGUGACGGUAGACCGUAAUGCCAAGUAUGAGUUCUCAACCUUAGAAAGGGGGGUCCAAGGGUAUCCAUUGAGGGAACAACAGGAAGAUAAAAUGCAGUAUUUGCAGGUGCCCCCUACAAGAAGAUACUCCCACGACGAAACCGACAUGUGGACCAGCGACCAGAUCCCCUCAUACCUUCACCGAUGGGGCUCCACCGAGGACAUGAUAGUGACUGCCCACUACAGCUCCACCUUGCCGCGCCGCGAGAGGCGCAGGAGCAGCCUGGUCUCCUACCACGAGGAGAGCCACCAUCACCAUCACCCGCAUCGCAAGCGCCGACGCUCUGAGGAGAGCAUGCACUCCCUCAAGCACCUGCCGCGCGUGGUCUGUGGCGUGGAGCACUAUGAGGACGAACUGCGGUGUUUUAGCCGCGACGAGGUGAUCAACUUUAUCGAUGAGACGCCGCUGCCGAGCCCCAGGAAGAGCCCGCGGCGCACAUCCACCAUUUCACUCAUCCCCAACGUGUAUGAGCAGCACACAGUCAUCCUUCCUCACUUCCUGCUCACAGACUUUGAGCGUGAGCCUCAAGCGCUCAGGCGGCUCUCAGAACACAAGAGGAGCAGCAGUCGGGGCAACACGCCGGAAGCUUCCCCCAAACCAGACAGGCCUGCUGGAAAGAAGAGCCCCGGGGCUUGUGGCUCCGGUAAAGGCUGCCGGGAGCGCAUGCGAGACGGGAAACAGCAGUGUGAAGUGGGCUCACCGGGGCGCAGCCAGCAGACUCCAGGGCGAUCUGCCUGUAGGCCCAGGACAGGUGGUGGAGCCAGGGCCGAUGCUGCAGCUGACUGGGGGUAUCAGAAGCACCUGAGCAAGGGUGAGAGUAAAGCUAGCACAAACAGUUUUGUAAGCACACCCUCAGCGUCGUCCAAGGGAUACAUCACCUUCCACUCUGAUUCUGUCGGCUCCACCACCUAA